UCCCGGCCCUUUGUGCCGCGGCGCUCCACUGGAGGAGAAGGCUGUGCUUAUGUGUGAGAUUAGACAGCCAUUGUGUUCGGGGGACUGGCGGCAGGCGGGACUUGAUCAUCAUGGAUCAUCCUGACGGCUCCUCUCCCACCUUCACCAAGGACAGCUUUGACAGGGACUGGAUUAAAGUUGGGGAGAGCAGAUUUGGACAGGUGUACCAGGUCAGGCUCAAGGAUGGCCAGCAGAGGCGGGCGCUGAAAGUCUUCGACUCGACCGCGUGUGCAGACGACUUCCACAGGACACUUGCAGAGGCGGUGUCCGUCAUAUCCAAAGUCAAAUGCAAGUACAUAGUGUCUGUCUACGGAGCGUGCGACGACGCGCCGGCCGUGCUGAUGGAGUACAUGAGCAAUGGAUCGCUGAACAAUCUCCUGACCAGUCACACUCUGAUGUGGCCAAAGAAGUUCCAGAUGAUUCACGAGGCUUCCAUGGGGAUGCAUUUCCUCCAUGGCCUGCAACCGCCACUGCUCCAUCUCAACCUGAAGACGUCCAACGUCCUGGUGGAUGGCCAUCUUCAUGUGAAGAUUUCAGAUUUCGGCAUCGUCCAAUGGGAAGAAGGGAUGACCAACCGACUGUUCAUGGAGCUUCUGACGGCCAGAGGGAACGUCAGUUUCAUCCCCCCAGAAACCUUCAGCCAGAGCUCUGAACGUCCAGGAACUGCUUUUGAUGUUUACAGCUUCGGAAUCAUAAUGUGGGAGAUUCUGGCGCAGCAGAAGCCGCACGCAGGCUGCUGCAUGACCUCUGUGAUCUUGAGUGUCUCGCAUGGUAAAAGGCCGCGUGUGGAGAUGAUUCCUGAACCGAGGCCACGCUGGUGCGAUCACAUGGUCGGCAUCAUGACGCGCUGCUGGGACAGGGAGCGCAGGAAGAGGCCGGAAUUCACAGAUGUUGUGAGAGACUUGGAGGGUCUGUGUAAUGGAGUUGAAGUCAUCCAUCCAAACCAGACUGACAGCAUGGACGGCAGCCAGCAUACGGCUGAUGACACUCAUCUGGGGUCCUGCAGCGAUAAGAUUCCUGCGUCUGGAACAUGUGACCUUCUUUCAGAUCGCUACGACGACCGGGAUAUCUUCCUUUCAUUCCUCUCCAGAAAGGACUUUGGUCGAUUCAGGAAGACAGUGAAGAGGGAUGACGUUCUCACCGAGUUUUCCGGGGGACAGAGUCUUCUGCACUUCACGGUAGCAAGUGGGGACGAGAAGAGCAUCGAGCACGUCCUGAGUCUGGGCGCCGACGUGAACAGCGCCACUGCUCGGGGUUACACUCCGCUCAUUGUUGCUGUCCUUGAGAGGCUUCCUGAAAUCGUCUCCUUGUUGCUGGAAUAUGGAGCAGACGUUUCCAUCGGGGAUGAGGACCAGUGGACGCCGCUCCAUUUCGCAGCCCAGAGCGGCGACAACCGGACAGUCCGUCUUCUCCUCGACAAAGGCGCCACGGUAGACGCGUGUGAGAAGGGCGGCUGGAUGCCUUUACAUCUGGCCUGUCAGAAUGGACACGAGACGGUGGCGCGCCUGCUGCUGUCGCGCCUCAGCGACCAAGCCUUGGAAGCCAGGGAACAGGGGCAGCUGCGAACCCCUCUCCACCUCGCUUCGUCUUUUGGACAUCUGGAUAUUGUCAAGCUCCUUCUCUCACAGGGAGCUGACCCAAAUGCUGUCGACCAAACUCUCUCCACUGCUCUGCACCAUUCAGCUGACGAAGGACACAACCGAAUCAUGAGACACUUGGUGAAGACUGGAGCCGACGUGAAGAGUGUGAACAGCAAAGGUUUCUCUGCUCUGCAUCUGGCGGCGCUGAGAGGUCACACAGGCAUCUGCAGACACCUGCUGUCCAACAAGGCCUGCCCAGAGAGCAAGACCCUCCAAGGCUGGACUCCCCUGCACCUAGCUGCCGUAAAAGGACAUGCGGCAACUGUAGCAGAACUGGUGAGCCAGGGGGCCUGUGUGAACUCAGGAGGCGAUAACGGUUGGACGUCGCUUCAUCUAGCUUGCCAUCAGAGUCACACUGAGGUGGUGGCCAAGCUUCUCCAAGCCAAAGCUGAUUUGGAGCUGACAGAAGACGAUGAGGGAUGGACACCGCUGCACGUGGCCUGCACCAGCCUCAGCCUCCCGAGCGUCCUUCACUUGAUAGCCCACGAUGCAGAUGUGAACGUGGGGAGCAAAGACAAGGUAACACCUCUGCAUAUUGCGGCGCUCAGUGGCAGCACAUCCAUGGUGGAGGCGCUGCUGCAGAAUGGAGCGGACAGAGACCGGACGGACUCUGCUGGAUCCACACCCCUGGAUGUGGCCCGAAGGGCUGAGAAAUGGGAUGUAGUGGAGCUGCUGGCGGGGUAAUGUAGAUGACUGAUGGAGGAAAAAAACUCAAGUAAUGACGCUGAAGGAAAUCCAGAUUUAACUUAUCUGGACCUCUGUUUAUCAGGAUACAUGGUGAAGGAUUAUGGUUUGAAUCAGUCCUGAUACAGUUGUGAAUGACUGACAAGCACAUGAAGUCUAAUGAAAUAAAUAA